ACCAGGAACAGCCUCACCUGCUGGACCCACACCUGGAAUGGAUGAUGAACUUGUUGUUGGACAUAGUACAAGAUAAGACAUCUCCAGCCACCCUCAUACAUUUGGGCUUUAAAUUUCUUUACAUCAUCACCAAGGUUCGAGGAUAUAAAAUAUUUCUUCGUUUAUUUCCUCAUGAAGUAGCUGAUGUUGAGCCUGUAUUAGAUAUGUUCGCAGAUCAGAAUCCCAAGGACCAUGAAACUUGGGAAACACGCUACAUGCUUUUACUGUGGCUCUCUGUGACCUGCCUGAUUCCUUUUGAUUUUUCACGCCUUGAUGGGAACCUCCUCACCCAACCUGGGCAAACACGAAUGUCCAUAAUGGACCGUAUUCUCCAAAUAGCAGAGUCCUACUUGCUUGUCAGCGACAAGGCCCGAGAUGCGGCUGCUGUCCUCGUGUCCAC